AUGAUGAGGACAUGGAAAUUCAAUAAGAUGAGAGGAAAAAUCAUGAAAAAUAAAUCUAGCAUGAAAUCAAUUAAGAAGAGGAAAUAAUAGUUUGAUAUCGAUUUUGAAGGAAGAGAUGAGAGAAAUUUUUAUUAACAUAUACUACCAAACAGUCUGGCAACAACUUAUGAAGAGGAUAUUACUGCAAGAAUUUAUGGAGGCAGAUUUACUAAAAAGGGUAAUCUAUAUUAUGCAUCCAGUUAGGAGGAGCUCAUUCUUUAUGACACAACAGACCCAAACAAAUGGUAGCUAAAAACCAUCUAUAGCCCUAAUAACAUUUCUUGGACUAUCUUAGAUAUGGAUGUCGAUAAGAAUGAGCAAUUUCUUCGAUAGGAGACCUUAAGGGUGGUGACUGAUGAAGAAGACAAUAAUAGGAGGAGAUUUUUUGGAAUGAUGUCGGUGAAAUUCUCCCCUUGUGGGAAAUAGACUCUGUCCUCAUCCAAUAGAUGCUAGCUUCUACUUUACGAUUUGGAGUCAAAUAGAACUAUCAAAAAGGUAGAAAAAGCACACUAAGAGGAUAUAAAUAGUGUCUGCUUUUCUCAUCAUUACAAUCCUAACAUUUUUUAUUCAGCAAGUGAUGACUGUGUUCUAAAGGUGUGGGACCAGAGGACAUUGCAGGACGGGAAAUCAUGUGUAGGUAAAUUUGUCGGUCAUUCAUAGGGGAUUACUUGUGUUGCUGGGAGAAACGACGGUAACUAUUUAGCAUCAAAUGGUAAAGAUUAACUGUUAAAGCUCUGGGACUUGAGAUAUAUGAUUACUCCAAAUAAUUUUUUGAAGGUCAGACCGUUUAAAAGAAACACUGCUUUUGACUAUAGAAUGCAUGAUUUUUAUUUGCCUAAUCCUCUGGAUUAAAAGAGACAUCCUGAUGAUAAAUCAGUAAUGACUUUUUCUGGCCAUGAAGUGCUGAGAACACUUAUCAAGUGUUAAUUUUCUCCUGAAUAAACUACUGGUCAAAGAUAUAUAAUAAGUGGAGGGAGUAAUGGUGAGGUACAUAUCUUCGAUAUACUAUCUGGGGAGACAGCAACGGUCCUAAACGAUGAACAAUAUGACCAGGAAUAUUUUGAUGAGGAAGACAUGUGUUCCAGAGAUGUCUCUUGGCAUCCUGAAGUGCCUUUAAUCGCUUAGACUUCCUUCUAAUGUUAAAUUAAAGUUUGGAAUUACGAGUCAGAUGAAAUAAAAAUAAAGGAAGUUAAAUCUGAGGAUUAAUCUAUGAAAUAAUCAAGGGUAAUGACAAGGUCUAUGCUGAAAUAAAGAAAUAAUAAAUAAUGA